UGUCCAAAUGUAGUUUAUGUUAGUAAGUACAUUACAGUUGAGCUACGAGAAAUAACAUAAACGCAUUUAAGUGAAAUGACGACAUAUUCAUCAAAUGGUUCAGCAAUAAGAAUAAUCAAUGCGGUUAAAUCGUAUGGUAACGGUUUAAAUGUACUUAAUGGCCUUUACAUGGAUGUACCGAUGGGAACUAUUUAUGGUCUCCUAGGCCCAAGUGGUUGUGGCAAAACUACAAUAUUAAAUCUAAUUAUUGGUACAGAAACUUUGAAUUCAGGUGUUAUAAAUGUUCAAAUAGAAUCUAAAAUGGAUAUUGGAUAUAUGCCUCAGGGAAUUUGCUUAAGUAAAUAUCUCACGGUACGUGAAACACUUAUGUAUUAUGGUUCAUUAUAUUCCAUGACCGAAGAAAAAAUUAUUCAAAAAAUGACUGAACUGGGUGAAAGCUUGGAUAUAAAUUAUUUUAAUUCACUUAUUAAAGAUCUAAGUGGAGGACAAUGUAGAAGAGUGUCUCUUGCAGUUAGUUUAUUACACGAUCCAAAGAUUUUAAUAUUAGAUGAACCGACAGUAGGGCUCGAUCCUAUUUUAUGUUACAAUAUUUGGGAUUAUCUGGCAAGUUUAGUAAAAAGAGAAAAUAGAACUAUAAUAAUUACCACCCACUACAUUCAAGAAGCUAAUAAAGCAAACAUUAUAGCUUUUAUGAGACAAGGAAAGAUAAUAAAAGAAAGUUCCCCUCAGAGUAUACUAUCUUUUUAUAAUACUGAUUCUCUAGAAGAUGCAUUUUUACAAAUUACAACAGAAUCUUAUAAUCCAUUGGUAAUUGAACCAUCGUCGAGCCUAGAUCGCAAGAGGAGAAGUACAACAUUAUUCGAUAUAAUUCAAAAUAAAGAUGUUUCAAUUUCCAAACAAAGAAUAUUGACGUUAUUCAAGAAACACUGUGUUACAAUUAGUAGAGAUUUCGUAUUUUUCUUUUUUAUGUUUGCGUUGCCGAUGUCUUUAUGCCUGUUGAUAAGCUUUACCGUUGGUAAUAAUUUUAAAGACAUCACUUUAGGAGUGCAAAAUAAGGAAAUUGAUAUUUCUAGCUGUAAAACUAUGAAAUUCAGUGGAUGCAUUUUUGACAACAACAAUUAUAACGCUGCACUGAGUUGCAGUGUGAUUAACCACCUGCGUUCGUAUGAUUACGAUUUUAUACAGUUCAAUGAUGAAGAAACUGCUCUAAAAGCGGUAGAUAAGGCAAAAUUAUAUGCAUUUAUAAGUUUUCCAAAUAAUUUUACACAAGGAAUUCAACAAUUUAUCAAUGGCGAUAAUGAUAUAUCAGUUAAUUCUCUAUUAUUUUCGCAUAUUGAUAAUACAAAUGUGUUAUUAAAAAACCAAAUCAAGAGUCAUAUUAUUAAUGCAUCAAUGGAGGCAAUAAAAAAUGAAAUAACUCGAUGCUCGUUUGAUACGAAAUAUAUCACAAAUUGGGACCUGAAAUUCGUGUAUGGAGCAAACAUUAUUUCACAAAAGCAUACCGCCUUAGGAGUUGUUUUUGCUAUAAGUGUAUUUUACUAUACCAGUGUGUGUUCUGCGGGGUUUUUGCUCGAGGAAAAAAUGGACGGCUUGCUUAAUAGAGCUUUGACAGCAGGAGUUACAAUGUUCGAAGUUAUCACUUCGUAUUUAAUAGUGCAUACAUUGGCAUGCAUUGUUCUGGCUGCUUUAUUAAUGCUUCUUUCGUUCUACAUUCUACAAUAUCCGUUGGUGACUACAAAUGUCAUUUUUGAUUUAUUUGUUGGCCUUACACUAGGAGCUUGGCUUGGAUUCUUUUAUGGUGUGUUCGUUGCUGCCAUAGCAAAAAACGGCAUGGAAGUUAUGCAAAUGACACUUGCAAUGGGGUCAUCACAGCUGUUUGUGGGUGGACUCAUCUGGCCAGUUGAAGCUCAAAGCGAAGUUAUGCAGAGAAUCACUAAAAGCCUACCUAUGAGCUUAGUAGGGACAGUAGUUUCAAAUGCAAUUCUGAGAGGCUGGUCUUUAACUAAUUCAACAAAUAUGAACGAUCUCAUAAAAAUCAUGGCGACUUUUUUGUUAAUAGCAUUGUCGUUCUUGGGUUUGAAGCUUUUUAAAAAAAAUCCAUGGAUUCAUAAUUGAACUUAUGUUAAAUACAAUUCAGCAAAGAAAAUUGAUUAUUGUUACAUGUCAUUUCGGUUUAUUAUUUAUUUUAAGUUUAUGAGUUCCAUAAACACCGAUCUACGAAUUUAUAUGAUUAAACACAGUACUUUUUCAAAAUAAUUACUUUUGAUUUAAAGAAAAUCACCUUGUAGUAUAAUAAAAAUACAGGCAGCAAUACACGUUGAUACAAGCACUUGAGGUGAAAUAAUGGAACUAGUUUUAAAUAAUUGUCGGGUAUUGGAGGUUUUUUAUUUCACUAAGUGUUUGCCGAAGCUCAAUUGUUCAUGAAUUGCUAUUCCAUUUGAAAAUGUCGAACAUAAUUAUGCACAUUAUCCACCGCCCCUGCUGGCUGUUUUAUAUUCAUCGAGUGUAUCGUCUGGUGAAACAGCUCCUCUUUCUGAUAGGCAGUUAUACCGAAGACGAAAUAAUAUUAUUCAGUGUGUAUGCUCGUAUGCUGAUCAUAACACGCCUUCCAGCCACUUUGUAAUAUAGGGGUAAAAUAAAAUACCUCACGCUUAAAAUUCAUUUGCAAGGUAUUCUUGCUAUACGAGCUUUUACGAUGGAACACGCAUGAAGGCACUAGCUGAUCAUAUCGUUAAAAAUAUAAUAUGUAAUAACCACAAGACUAUUUUUUUCAUGUAAACAAUAUUAGAUAGUUUAAACUUAAGAGAGUGUUUUCUUUACUUAAACCUAUGGAAAUAUUUCGAUACCAUUCAAUUGAUAUAACAUCAUUUAGUAUUUAUGAUGUUAAGCCAAUAACUUUAAAUUAUUAGUUCAAAAUGCCAGUACAUACGGCUUACCUAAUAAAAAAGUACCUUCUUAGCAUCUCAUUAAAGGUAAAACUUUCCUUGUAAACCUGUUUUAAUAGUUAU